AUAUAGAGAGAGUUAGAGAGGGAACCCUAAAAAUGAAAAUGUCGCUACCGCACGCUAUAUUAUAGUUCACGAACGAACGGACCAUUGAACUCAAACCAAACCAAGACGACAACACUGAAAUCCACAACUUCAGACUCCAUCUUCUUGCGAGGCGGUGAGUUGAAUCAAUUCAAUUGCACACAACAAUACUGUCAUCGGAUCUAUUGCCUGUGAAUUACACUAGCCAAUAUGAGCGGCGGAGAAGGAGAGGAUCCGCAGAAGUUGAAGCGGAUUGCGGCGGCGGCAUACGAUUACGAGAACGACUCUCGCUGGGCGGAUUACUGGUCAAAUGUCCUAAUUCCGCCAAGCAUGUCUUCCCGCAGCGACGUCGUCGACCACUUCAAGCGCAAGUUCUACCAGCGCUUCAUAGACCCUGAUUUAAUUGUAGAGCCAAUUUCUACCAGCAGCUCAUCGCAGCCAGCGGCGAGAGCAUCAGCAACACAACCACAGUCAUCAUCUUCAGCUACUCGCCAAAGAAGUUCAGGGUCUACUACUAGGACAUCCGGGACAUCCACAACCACGCCACCUCCCAAUUCUACGUCUCUACGUUGGGAUAAAAACACCAUCCUAUUUUCUGUGAAUGCUUGGGUAUUUGUUGUGUCCACUCUUGCAAUCUUCCCACUUGUGCCAAGGAAUCUCUCCAAUCGGGCAUAUCGCCUUUCCUUUUUAGGGACUGCAUGUUGUUCCCUCUAUUCUUUGUAUUCACAAUAUGGGAAACCUAGAGCAUGGAACUUGCAGGCUCUGCAAGUAUGGUUCCAAUCUGUGGUAGUUACCAAGGAUUUUAUAAACUCCGUCUACUGCCUUACUUUCAUCACUUCGCACCUGUGUCUCAAAUUUGCUUUGAUUCCCAUAUUGUGCCAAGUCGUUGAACACAUGGCAAAGUUCCUGAGACGUAAUUUUAGCAGAUCCACGUUGUACAGGAAGUACUUGGAACAGGCCUGUGUUUGGGUAGAAUCGAACACAAGUACCCUCAGCAUCCUCUCAUCACAAGCUGAGAUUGGACUCGGGUUUCUUCUGAUUAUUUCUCUGUUCUCGUGGCAGCGCAAUAUAAUACAAGCAUUUAUGUACUGGCAGCUGCUGAAGCUCAUGUACCACAUUCCUGCUACGGCUAGUUACCAUCGAAGUGCAUGGACUAAGAUCGGACAGAGUGUGAAUCCACUGAUCUAUAGGUACGCCCCAUUCCUCAACCGUCCUCUUGCCGCUGUUCAGAAAUGGUGGUUAAGAUAAGAUCAUGAUGAGCAAGUAAAAAAAAAGAAAGAGGUACUUAGCUCGAUCCUCCAUCAAAUAUCUAUCUAUACUUAUCUGAUAGAACCAUAUAUAUAUAUAUAUAUAUAUAUGUAAUUCUAUCUGUUUCAUGCUUGACUAUAACUAUAACAUGAAUUGCUGCUAAUAAUCUAUCUCUAUAUAUCUAUCUCCCUUUAAGUUUUGCAAGAAGAUGUUUCUUCUAUGCUGUUUGUUUGUUUUUUUUUUUUUUUUAGAACACAUUUAUUUGGUUGGGUAAGGUUUUGAUAGUUUUAUUUUAUUUUACUUUUGGUAUUGCUUAUUUCGUAUGUAUUAUUUAUAUAUGCCACUGGAAUCAAAUUAUGUUUUUGGCAUUUUGAGUUUAGAUAUGAUUUGAUGAUUUGUGUUGUUUUGGGGGAACGUACAAGUAUUGAAUGAAGAAUAAGUAUUAGA